ACUGAAUUCAGAUAAAGACACUAUUUCGUUUGUGGAUGUGUUUGUCGACUAAACAGGAUGUUGGUGUUUAUUUUCUUGCUACUACUUCAGACAGGAGAUAUUGAAGGCAACUGCUGUCCAGAUGCAUGGAUCCGAUACGGUAAUUCCUGUUAUAUGUUUAUUGGUAGCACGGAGACAUGGCUGGAGGCAUCCCAACAAUGUGUGGCGCGUGGAGCGGUACUAGCAGCUAUCGAGACUGCCGAAGAAAAUGCAUUCAUACAAGGCUAUCUGAAGGUGUUUGGAGAUAUUGGUGCCAAUAUGCAGACGUGGAUAGGUGGCACUGACAUGGAGAUAGAGGGAAUAUGGAAGUGGGCCCCGAGUGGAGAACGUGUGUCAUACACUGACUGGGGAUCCGGCGAGCCACAAGGUUGUGCAACCUGUGGAGACUGCCUGGCCAUAUGGCCCGGCUACAAUUACAAAUGGGCCGAUUACCCUUGCCCCUCUCGCGAGAAGUUCAUCUGCGAAAAUAAGUAUGAUUUGAUGGUGAUAUUCCCUUUUUUGAGUUUGUUCCGCGAGUACACUAUACAAUUAUCAGGAAUCAGUUUCUUUCUAGAUUGCAUUUUGACUAUCAUGGACUCACAUAUAUGUUUUGUCAAUUUAUAAUUGUCCAAGGCUACAUAUAUCGCCAAUCGAUACCUUAUGUCAC